UUCAAAUCACAUUCUUCUUACCACAGUAUAUAUAUAAGUAUUUGAAGUAUGAAAAGAGAGGUCAUGUCUUGGUCUAUGAGGAGUGGAUUCGCAGUGGUGUUCUGUUUCAUUCUUCUGCUUCUGUCAACCAAUGUUGGAUGUGUCAAUGCUCGUCGUCUAGGUCUCCACAAGCAUCAUCACAAGAUUCACAAGGCUGUUUCUUUGGUACAAGACGUUGUCAAUGGUGGAGGAAAGAAGAGGGUACUAGGUGGAGUCGAGACGGGUGGAGAAGUUGUGGUUAUGGAUUAUCCUCAGCCUCAUCGUAAGCCUCCCAUCCACAACGAGAAGGCUUAAACUACUUGAUGUCUAUACAUCAUAUGAUCAACACUGUUAUAUGCAUAUGCAUUCGCCAUGAUGGUGGUUGUAAUAACACUUUUGAACUAUACUCAUUACCAAUUUCUUUUGUUUGUUCUCUCUUUCUCUGUUGUAAAAAACAAACAAGCUGCACCUCUUCCUAAUAAUAUAGUACUAUAUAUCCAUGCCCAAAUGUAGCAUUUCA